AUGGAAGGGGGAGGAGAAGAGGCACCGCGCGAGGCUCCACUGGCGUCCCCUGCUGGAUCCGGCUCCUCCGCAUUAAGCCCAGCGCCGGCACAGGGGGCGGCGGCCGCGGUGCUCGGUGAGGCGGACCUGCACCGGGGCCGGCAGGCGUGGUGUUCGGGAAGGAGGGCCCAAAGCCGGGGUGAUGGAGGAGGGAGAGAGGAAUGGAGGGGGAGGAGAAGAAGCGCCACGCGAGGCUCCAUCGGCGUCCCCCGCCGUGUCGCCCCACGUCUUCUGUCGCUUUCAUCUCCGGCAAGGCGAGCUCGGGGGAGGCGAGUCGGACCUAGACAGGGGGCAGCGCUGACCGGGUGA